AUGCUGUCCUUCCGAGACAUGCCCAAAUCACGAUACCAAAAUGUCGAAAAGGUCCAACCUGACAGGACAAGAAGCAGCGCAUACGCCGAAAAGAAUACGGCUUUGGUUGAGGAGCCAGACACACCCAGCACCUCGCGCAUUAAUCAGUUACUAGUAACGGGUCGAGGAUUUGAGGCUGUCAAAGCCAUUGCCUCCGUCAAAGACCGAGUGGACGAAAACACAACCAUCUGUCUUAUGAACGACGGCAUGGGAGUGCUCGAGGAGGUCCGUGAAACGAUAUUUAACGGAACAUACUCCGGGCCCACCUUCAUGCUGGGCCACAUGAGCCAUGCCUUGGUCUUCAACCGGAACCGUGGCUCUGUCAAGGAGCUCAAGGGUGGACGAACAGUUCUCACAAUGGCCGACACAGCUUUGCGGUCUCUCAAGGGCCUGCGCGCGUCACCCGAUCGAACCCUCGUGCGAAAAUUACAGCUAGCCCCUUCACUUAAGGCAUCCACAAGUCUGUACGACCAAUGGCUGAAGUUCAAGCUCCCGUCGAUGAUGUUUACAGCUGCCGUUGAGCCGGUAUGCGUGCUCCUGGAUUUACCGUAUAAUGGCCUUUUGCACAACCGGUCAGCACAGAGCAUGAUGAACAAGCUUUUGGAUGAGAUGGCUAGGGUCGUGGAAAACCUUCCUGAGGUCCAAGGCUCUACUGAGCUAAUUAACUUUCUCCAAGGAGAAGGUCUCAAGAGGUUUUGCUAUCGCAGAAUCACAGGAAAGGCCAUGGCCCCCAGCGAGCUUGUAAAACGGAUCGAGAAGGGCUUGCAGACGGACAUGAACUACCAGAACGGCUACUUUUUGAAGCGGGCAAAGACAUUGGGCCUUGAGAUGCCGACCAAUAAGCUGAUGAUCAGAAAGGCUCGUCUUGAGCAGCUCAAGGCCCAAGGCGGCGGCGGCGGCGGCGGCGGCGGCGGCGGUUCCUCUGGGCAGCAAGAGCAGCAGCGACAACAAAACGAAGACGCGCGCCAGAGCAUCCUCAACCAGAUCCUCCACCCCGAAGCGGCCGACCGACUGGGCCGUAUCCGCCUCGUCAAAGAGGAACGAGCCACCGACGUCGAGAACAGACUCAUCAUGCUCGCGCAGACGGGCCAGCUGCGGCAAAAGGUCACAGAGGCGCAGCUCAAGGAGUUGCUGAAUGCCAUGGCCGACAAGAAGGAGGAGGAAAAGAUUGUCGUGAGCAGGCGCAAGGCUUGGGACGACGACGAUGAUGACCUGGAUCUUUGA